GCUUCUGUGUCGAAGCGAGAGGAGCACCUUUGCCCUCCGUCUCUCUCUCUCUGCCUUCUGAAUCAGAGCAGCCGCAAUAAACCGUUUUUUCCUGCCUCCGAGUCCUCUUGCGUCACCGGCUUCCUUCCAGCUGCUCUGAGAUAGAGCCCAAGCAAAGGUUGAUGAUAAGAGGGGCUGGGCUGGGCUGGGCCAGCGUGGGCAGGAAGAGGUCAUGGGGUCUCUCCGUCACCAGGGUCCCCCGCCCCACCCAACGCCCACCCCACGGCGAGGAAGGAAGUGGGGAGAGUCAGCUGGUGGCAGAUGAAGGGUGAGGUUUCCCCACAAAAUCGGGGUCCCUAGACUGCGAGGUCCUUUGUGCACAGUUUCCCCGGACGCAGGCUCACAGCUUCCGUUGGCACCAUGCCCGAGGAGACCCCGCUGCUGGAGGGCAGCCGUUCGGUCCUCUUGGAGGCCACAGAGGAGUCCACGCUCCACUCCGUCCUGAUGGUUCUGGUGAAGAUCCUGUUCGCUGCCCCAACCAUUGCUGGGAUUGUUGUAGGAGCAGUCUACCUGGGCCAGUGCCCCCAGCAGCCUCUCAUCCCCAUCUACCUGAUCGUCCUGAGUGCGGUCGUCCUCCUGCUGCUGCUGCUCAGCUGCCUGCCCUGCGGAGAUGGCACAGACCGACCCAAUCCCUGGGCACAGCGCUUCCGGGCCGCCUGCUGCCUCUUCCUCUGCAUCUGGUUCCUGGCAGGCAACGUGUGGGUCUACACCAUCUACCCCCCCAACUACGACCCGGCCGGCCACCCCGCCUUCUGCCAGCGCACCGUCUUCCUCUUCGCCUUCGCCGUCACCACCGCCGUCUACGUGGUCCUGGCCGUGGCGCUGCUCUUCGCCCUCUGCGUCCUCCUGGGCCUCUUCAUCUUUGACGCCGUCCGGCCGCGCGGGGGGUGUGGCACCUGGCAAGGCCCUUGACAGCCCUUGGGGU